UCAUCUGCUCGCAUUUAAUUGACUACAAUAAUACAGCAAUGCCACCAAACCUCUCCUACGGCCUCAAUCUCCCCAACAAGAACACCAAAAAACCAGGCCCUCUCGGCCAAAAACGCAAGAAAACCAUCUUCGACGACGACUCCGAUGAUGAUCAAAAAGGCGAUGAAGGUGAAGUCGAGAUCUCAACAAUCGGAGGGGUAGGCGAUGAGCCAGUGCCUUCGAAAUCACAACCACCGAAAAAAGAACCAUCCGAACCACCCUCAAAACGCAAGCCAUUCUUCACAACCACAACCGCGACAAGCGGCAAAAAGACAGGUCCUAAACCACUCAGCAAAAACUCCAUAUUCGCCGACGGCGAUGAUGAGGAUAAUACAGAAGAAAGACAAGAAGCGAAUACGACCGGUGGCGGACUCUCAGUACCUAAAUCACAACAACAAAAGACUCAAGCCGAUCCCAGCAAAAACUACACGAACUUAUCCGCCCUACACAGCAGCAAGAAACACGCGCAGGAAGCGCAGGAACUCGAUCCCUCGAUUUACUCUUACGAUGCUGUAUAUGAUAGUCUGCAUGCGAAGCCGGAACAGGAUAAGAAGUCGGCGGACAAGAGCAGCGAAGUACCCAAGUAUAUGACAAACCUUCUGCGCAGCGCGGAGAUCCGGAAACGCGACCAGCUCCGUGCGCGGGAUAGGUUGCUCGCGCGCGAACGUGAAGCCGAGGGUGAAGAGUUCGCAGACAAGGAGAAGUUCGUUACGGCAGCGUACAAGGCACAACAGGAGGAGAUGCGGCGUGUGGAAGCCGAAGAAGCAGAGCGAGAAAAACAGGAAGAAGAGAGACGCAAGACGAGCGGGAAUGUGGGCAUGGUUGGAUUCUACCGGGACAUACUCUCGCGUGACGAACAACGACACGAGCAAGUUCUCAAAGCAACCGAAGAAGCCGCCCAGCGCAUCAAAACCGGCGAGCCAGAAACAGCAGAAACAGCCGAAAACAAAGCAGACGAAGACGAAGAAAAAAGCGCCGCCCGCCGCGCCGCAGAUCUCAAUGCCAAGGGCGCUCACGUCGCCGUCAACGACGAAGGCCAAGUCGUCGACAAACGCCAACUCCUUUCCGCCGGUCUCAAUGUCGCUCCCAAGCCCAAGGCUGCUGCUGCUGCUGCUGCUGCUGCGCCUGCGUCUCGUGGACCUGGUGCACCUGGCAAGCGCUUCGAUGGCGUGCGCUCUGCGCGUAAUGACCAGCGUGCUCGGACGACAGAGAUGAUUGCUGCGCAGUUGGAGGAGCGUGCGAAGCAGGAGGCUGAGGCGGAGGAAGCGAAGCAGAAGGAGGUUGCAGAGCGGAAUAAGAGUCGGAAGUCGGAGAAGGAUGUGUCGAGUGCCAAGGAGCGGUAUUUGGCGAGAAAGAAAGAGAGAGAGGCACAGGGUGGGAAGUAACUGUGUUCUUUGGUUUGUUUUGCAUAGGCUGGCGUUGGAGCGUAUAUAGAUGACUUCUGUACAAUAUAAUCAUAUACUUUGGUAUAUACCGUGAAAAGCCUCUCCAACACAAUGAGUCCAAUUAUAGUAUCCUAUCGCCAAGACUA